AUGCAAAAGCGAGGUCCAUCCGUCGGGCCUAUUAUAACUCGGGUGCGUCAUUUGCAACCAUUGGUCGGUCACGUUCUCACUAAUGAAUAUAUAAAGCACCAUCUUACGUCGAUUCAUUCAGACAGGGCUGUGAAGGAAGAAAUCACAGCUGGAGACAGCAUGAGGUUUCUUAUAAUAUUGGCUGCGGCCCUUGCAGUGGCAAGGGCGGGAUCAUACGGUGGGGGACACGGAUACGGAGGAGGAGGCCGGUGGCACGGGGGCUUCAAUGCCCAUCAAUAUGACGUUCCUGUAGGGGCAAACUUCGGUGGCAUCGGAGGGUCAAUUGGUUAUAGAGGCGGUGCUGUAGGAGGUGGUGCCGGUCUCGGCAUGGUUGGCGGAGGGUUUAAUGCCCACCAAUUUGAUGUUCCUGUCGGGACGGCAAGCAUCGGAUAUGAUACAGGCUUCGGUGGCGUCGGCCUAGGUGCAGGAAGUCUAACCACAGGUGGUGCAGCAGGCAUUUACGAUACAGCGAUUGGCGGAGAUGUCUACGUGGACGAUGGAUAUGCUGGUGGUUUCGACGGAGGCUAUGUGGGCGGGGGCCUUACCAAUGCAAGAAUUGUAGAUACCGACUUAGGUUUCGUUGAUUACGAUGGACAAUUUGACGAUGUUCAGUAUGGAGGAAUUGACUAUGGAUAUGACUACGGUGGCGCUUCCUUAGGACCUGGCGCCGCCGUCACAGUGCUUACCAACAGACGCCGUGGACCUUUUGGUUCUUUUCUUGACCGUUUAACGGGACCUAGAUUCGAACUCGAGCAAGGAUACGUUAUUGGGCCAGGUGGAUAUAAUGGUGGAAUUGGAUAUGGUGGAGUUGGAGGUGACAUUGGGUUUGGAGCAGCAGGAUUUGGUGGUGUCAACGCUGGUUACUAUGAUGAUGAUUACUUCGUAGGUGGUGGUGGACUCGUCCCAGUAAGUCCACCCAUUCCUAUUGGAGGAGUGGGUGGUGGUGUUUAUCCGGUCGGCGCUGGGGGUAUUGGCGGAGUGACUGGUGGUGUUUAUCCGGUCGGCGCUGCGGGUUUUGGCGGUGGGAUUGUCGCCGGUGGCUAUCCUGUACCAGUUGGUGGAGGCUAUCCUGUGUACGGUGGCGGCCCCGGCGUUGCUGCUGGUAACCUCGUUGGCGGUGCCGUCAAUGCAGUGGGUAAUGUGGCAGCCGGUACUGCUAAUGUUGUUGGGGGUCUCGCAAACACUGCUCUCGGCGCUGCCGGAAGUUUUGCAACUGGUGCAGUACAAGGUGUACAACAAGGAGUCAAUGCACUUGGAAGAAAAUAAGAUGGCGACCUGACACGUGAACCAAACUCACGGAAAAAAACGACCUGGACCGAUAUUCGACUUUUCUCCGAUGAAUUUUCCCUUUUCCUAUUAUACUUCCAUCUGUGAUUACGGGCAGUCAACACCUAAUAAACCUUUUCUUUUUUAAAA